UAUUUUUUUCAUAAUUAUUUGUUGGAAAUAAAAAUUACACGUAAUUCCAAAUUAUUAUAGCACUAUCUGCUGUACUCCCCACCUGUAUUUAUUUGAACUAUUGGUAACACUCCUUUGAGAAGAAGAAGCACGAAACAUCUUUUGAAUUCGUUGAAAAUAUUUAUAUGAAAUGCUCAAAUCAGCUGUGCUCUUGAAAAUUUAGGAAGACUUUGUAGGGGAUGAUCGUUUUAAAAACUUGCAAAUUACUUUUAAAACUAGAAUUAAAGCAGUACCAAAGUUAAGCGAAAUAAAAUGGAUUUUAUUAACGAGGGAAUCGCGCUUGGAUUGGACUUAUUAAUACUCGGCUUAUGUGCCAGAGAAUAUGUGGCCUACAAGCAAAAUAUUAAACUACUUAAGAAUGCUGAAACGGUCUCGAUAAACAAAGAUCUUAAGGACUAUGUGGCAAAACAAGAGGACAAAAAAAUUCCUUAUGCUGUCAUACGCGGCACUGUACGUCCACUUGGCGUGCCGCUACGAAGUGUUAUGGCACCUGCAGUCACGGGUGUUGUACAAAUUAUGAAACUGAAUGAACAUCGUGUAGCUCGUGGAUUUGCUGGAUUUUGGACCGAGCAAAGAAAAUUAAUACAUGUUUCAUCAAACGAAAUGCCUUUCGAGCUUGUUAAUAAUGAUGCAGCAGUUGAAGUAGUUGAUGCACUUACAGCUCCAAUAUUGGAUAUGGAUAUUAUUUAUGAUAAUUACGAAGCAUCAAAAUUAUCCUUUUUUGAUCAUAUAUUGGGCUUUUUUACUGGUGUACGGGAAAAGGGCAUGCAAACAACUGAGGAAGUAUUACGGGAGGGCAGCUUUAUAACAGCAAUUGGUGAAAUGGAAUUAGAAGGCAACACGUUGCGCAUACAACCAUCAAGCACAGGUCCACUAUUGCUAACUACAGCUUCUAAGGGUACAUUGAUUAAAAAAUUCGAAGAUGCCAAGAAUUCUGUUCUAGUCAAAGUUAUUAUUUGUGGUACGAUAUCAGUAGUUUUGGUUGGUUAUAUGUUACGCAAAUUUUAUUUGAGAAAAAAACAGGAACGCGACGAGCGCAAAAUUAGAGAACAACUUGAAAGUGAACGACGUCUACGCCGUGCGAAAUAUCGACCAACAGAAGUUGCCACUGAUCAGUUAUGUGUUGUAUGCUCCAUGAAUCCAAAGGAGAUAAUCAUUCUACCGUGCGGCCAUGUGUGCAUUUGUGAAGAUUGUUCGGAGAAAAUUCGGGAAACUUGUCCUGUGUGCCGCUCCCAAAUUGGCAGCAAAUCUGCCGCAUUUAUAGUUUAAAUGUUAAGUGUGAGUUUCAAUUAACUUAAAUUAACUUAAAUUUUGUUUAAAAUUGAAAAGAGUAAGAGUAGAACACAAUUGUUAUGUUUUGAAAAUAUUUUUAUUGAAAUUUUAAGUGUACUUUGUAUCAAUAUACAUCCGAGAGUAAAUAUAUGGUGACUAAAAAUGUGAUCCAAUAAAACGAAAAUCUCAACCCAUCAUCAAG